GGUCGGCAUGUCAAAACAGGUCAGCUGGCAGCCAUCAAAGUCAUGGAUGUUACCGAGGACGAAGAAGAAGAAAUCAAACUGGAGAUUAAUAUGCUAAAAAAAUAUUCUCAUCAUAGAAAUAUUGCAACUUACUAUGGUGCUUUCAUUAAGAAAAGUCCUCCAGGACAUGACGACCAACUGUGGCUUGUUAUGGAAUUUUGUGGAGCAGGCUCUAUCACAGACCUUGUGAAGAACACAAAAGGGAAUACUCUGAAAGAAGACUGGAUAGCAUAUAUCUCCAGAGAGAUUCUCCGGGGGUUGGCACAUCUUCAUGCCCAUCAUGUGAUUCACAGGGAUAUCAAAGGGCAAAAUGUGUUGUUAACGGAGAACGCAGAAGUGAAACUCGUGGAUUUUGGUGUGAGCGCUCAGCUGGACAGGACAGUUGGCAGGAGAAACACUUUUAUUGGAACUCCGUACUGGAUGGCUCCAGAAGUUAUUGCCUGUGAUGAAAAUCCAGAUGCUACCUAUGAUUACAGAAGUGACCUUUGGUCGUGCGGCAUUACAGCCAUAGAGAUGGCAGAAGGAGCUCCCCCGCUUUGUGACAUGCAUCCCAUGAGGGCACUCUUUCUGAUACCCAGGAACCCUCCCCCACGAUUAAAAUCCAAGAAAUGGUCAAAAAAGUUUUUCAGCUUUAUAGAAGGUUGUCUAGUGAAGAAUUACAUGCAGCGACCUUCUACAGAACAGCUCUUAAAACAUCCCUUUAUACGUGACCAACCAAAUGAAAGGCAAGUCCGAAUCCAGCUUAAGGACCACAUAGACAGGACCAGGAAGAAGAGAGGAGAGAAAGAUGAGACAGAGUAUGAAUAUAGUGGAAGUGAGGAAGAAGAGGAGGAAGUGCCUGAACAAGAAGGAGAGCCAAGUUCCAUUGUCAAUGUGCCUGGAGAAUCAACCCUCCGACGUGAUUUCCUGAGACUACAGCAGGAAAACAAGGAACGGUCCGAGGCCCUUCGGAGACAGCAGCUGCUGCAGGAGCAGCAGCUUCGUGAGCAGGAGGAAUACAAGAGGCAGCUGUUGGCAGAGAGGCAGAAGCGCAUUGAGCAGCAGAAGGAGCAAAGGAGGCGGCUAGAAGAGCAGCAAAGAAGAGAACGGGAAGCUCGAAGGCAACAAGAGCGUGAGCAAAGGCGGAGAGAACAGGAAGAAAAAAGACGUCUGGAAGAAAUGGAGAGGAGGCGUAAGGAAGAGGAAGAGAGAAGAAGAGCAGAGGAGGAAAAGAGGAGAGUAGAAAGGGAGCAG